UUUGAAAAUUAACAUUGUAAUUAAAGAAUUAAUUUCAACUUUAAUGAAGCACAGUGGUUUUCUUUUAUGAACGUUAAUACAAUUCAUUAAAUACAUGCGCAGUCUUGAGCAAGACUUAAACCUACUUGAAACAGUGGCAGUUGUUGGAAAAGUGAGCCAUGUCUUUCCAUUCCGGGCGAGGAUGCCCUCGUGGGCAGGGGGGACAAGGAGCAAGAACUUCAACACAGACCUACCGCCCUCAAAACCUACGGCAGCUUCACCCGCAACAGCCCUCCGUACAAUACCAGUAUGACCAGCAAACUGCCCCUCCAGCAACCUAUUCAAACCCUCCAACCACAGGUUACAUGCCUCCCAGGCCAGACUUUGUGCCCUAUCCUCCCCCAGUGCCACCUUCCACACAAAAUCCUAUCAGCCAGUGUCCCAUGAGGCCACCGUUUCCAAACCACCAGAUGAGGCAAAGCUUCCCAGUACCUCCGUGCUUCCCUCCUGCUCCUCCACCAGUGCCAAAUCCUAGUAACACUCCCGUGCCAGGAACUGCUGCUGGGCAAAGCACCUUUCCUUACAUGAUGCCUCCUCCCACAGUACCGCAUCCUCCCCCUCCACCAGUCCUACCACAGCAAGUCAACUACCAGCCUGUGUACUCCACAGGGUAUUCACAGCAGUCGUUCCCACCACCUAACUUCAAUAGCUAUCAGCACAACUCGGGCUCCUUUCAGAGCAGCACUACCAACAGCAGUGGUGGCAGCAGCCAUUUUCGGCACACAGGUCAGUACCAAGGAGAAAAGUCGCAAAGUGAUCGACGGUCUCCAGAGAGGAGCAAGCACUAUGAUGAGCACCGGCAUCGUGAGCACAGUCACAUCCACGGUGACAGGCAUCGGUCCACUAACCAUGGGGAUCGUCGGGAUCGAGGACGGAGUCCAGACAGGAGGAGACAGGAAAGCAGUCGGCAUCGGACAGAUUAUGACAGAGGAAGGAUAUCGCCUCAUCAUAGAAGUUACGAGCGCAACAGGGAGCGGGAGAGGGAGAGGCAUAGGCACCGUGACAGCAGAAGAUCACCAUCACCAGACAGAUCCUACAAAAAAGAUUACAAGAGAGCAGGCAGUCGGUCUCCAAGCAGAGAGAGAAAGAGACCCCGAUGGGAGGAGGACAGGGAAAGGUGGUGUGAAAAUCAGAGCUCCAGCAAAGAGAAAAAUUAUACCGCUAUCAAAGACAAAGAAUCAGAGGAGAAUGCAUCUGAAAAAAAUGAAGAGGAAGAUGAGGAAUUACUUAAGCCAGUUUGGGUUCGCUGUACUCAUUCUGAAAGCUAUUAUUCCAAUGACCCUAUGGAUCAAGUGGGGGACUCUACUGUGGUAGGAACAAGCAAGCUCCGAGAUCUGUAUGAAAAGUUUGAUGAAGAGUUAGGAAAGCGGCAGGCAAAGGCCAAAGCAGCCAGGCCACCAUGGGAGCCACCGAAGACCAAGCUGGAUGAAGAUUUAGAGAGCUCCAGCGAGUCAGAGUGUGACUCUGAAGAUGACAGCAGUUGCUCUAGCAGUUCAGAUUCUGAAGUUUUUGACGUCAUUGCAGAAAUUAAGCGUAAGAAAGCACACCCUGAUCGUCUCCAUGAAGAACUCUGGUACAAUGAUCCAGGACAGAUGAAUGAUGGACCUUUGUGCAAGUGCAGUGCUAAAGCCCGACGAACAGGAAUAAGACAUGGCAUUUAUCCUGGCGAAGAGGCCAUUAAACCAUGUCGCCCCAUGACCAACAACGCUGGAAGACUAUACCACUAUCGAAUUACUGUGUCGCCUCCCACGAACUUCUUAACAGACAGACCUACUGUUAUUGAGUAUGAUGACCAUGAAUAUAUCUUUGAAGGGUUCUCAAUGUUUGCACAUGCCCCACUAACAAAUAUUCCUCUGUGUAAAGUAAUCAGAUUUAACAUUGACUAUACAAUUCAUUUCAUUGAGGAGAUGAUGCCUGAGAAUUUUUGUGUGAGAGGUCUUGAGCUGUUCUCUUCAUAUCUAUUCAAAGAUAUUUUGGAGCUCUAUGACUGGAAUCUUAAUGGUCCUUCACUUGAAAAUGAUUCUAUUUCCUGCCCCAGAUUUCACUUCAUGCCGCGAUUUGUGAGAUUUCUUCCAGAUGGAGGAAAAGAAGUACUCUCAAUGCAUCAGAUUCUUCUCUACUUGUUACGAUGCAAUAAAGCUCUGGUGCCUGAAGAGGAGAUUGCCAACAUGCUUCAGUGGGAAGAACUGGAAUGGCAGAAAUAUGCAGAAGAAUGCAAAGGGAUGAUCGUUACCAGCCCUGGCAUGAAACCCAGCUCAGUCCGUAUUGAUCAACUGGACCGUGAGCAGUUCAAUGCUGAUGUAAUUACUUUCCCCAUUAUUGUCCACUUCGGAAUACGGCCUGCUCAACUCAGUUAUGCUGGAGAUCCUCAAUAUCAAAAGCUGUGGAAGAGUUAUGUGAAGCUGCGUCACCUGCUGGCUAAUAGUCCCAAAGUCAAACAGGCUGAUAAACAGAAAUUAUCACAAAGAGAGGAAGCACUGCAGAAAAUUCGUCAGAAGAACACAAUGAGACGUGAAGUGACCGUCGAGUUGAGUAGCCAGGGAUUCUGGAAAACAGGGAUACGCUCUGACGUCUGCCAGCAUGCAAUGAUGCUUCCUGUCCUUACCCAUCAUGUCCGCUACCAUCAGUGUCUGAUGCAUUUGGACAAAUUGAUAGGCUACACUUUUCGAGAUAGGUGCUUGCUGCAG